AUGUGGCUAAAUAGCUUUUUUAGUAAACCUAAAGACAAUGGAUGCGAGGCCACAACUCAGAACUGUACUAACGAAGAUAAGGCUGACGAAGAUAAAGUUAACGAGGAUAAGGUUAACAAGGAUAAUGUUACCGAGGAAAAGGUUAACGAGGUAAAGGUUGUCGAAGAAUCAGUAAAAAUCUUAUCAAAAAACGAAGAGGAACUAAUAAUUAAGAAUGAUUUACAAGAACGAGUCGAACAAGUAAAAAAAGUACACGAAAAUAUACAAGCAAUACAAAAUAAACAACAUUUAAAUUGUUCAACUGAAACUACAAAUUCAAAAAAAAAUGAAGAAAUAAAUAAUUGCAAAAUAGAAGCUGUCCUAAGGAUUAUACCAGUUAUCGAAAAAAAUCUACAAACACUUAGCAAAAAAGUAUCUUGUCUAUCUGGCUUAAUUAAUAUGAAACAGCUCAAUGCCAAAAUAGAAACUGACCAAAACCUUAUUUUAAACAAUCCUAAUAUAAAUAGUCCAAACUCUUUAAAUAAAUUGAACAUUAUGGAGAAUACAACAACUUCGACAAAAAAAGAUAUUACACCCAGAAAAGUUUCCAAAAAAAAUAAAAAAACGACUAAAAACAAACUAAGUGUAACAAAAAAAAAAAAAAUAAAGCCCGAAAAACCUGUACAACCUGAAACAAACCUUACCAAAACAAUUAAAGAAGAUGAUCAAGUGACAAAUCCCGAAAAUUUAGCUGAGAACAAGUCAAUUGACCAGUUGACAAAUUAUUUGGAUGGGCGAUUGGAAUGCUUUUUUACAAAAAUACAAUCAGCAUUGUCGCAAUUUAAAAUUGAUAAAAUAAAUGAAAAAUGCGAAAUUAUGGUUCAUCUAUCAGGACUGGAUAACAAAAUGACCACAAACGAAAUGAACAUUGAUAAAUUAAUGUCGAAUGUGCAACAGUUAAGUAAAAAAAACGAAUGUGAAAUUAUGAAAAAACAAUCAAGUAUAAAAACAGAAAAUAAACAAGACUUGCAAAAAAGUAUAGACGAUAUUAAAAUGUGUAUUGAUUACCUAAUACAACCAAGUGCAAUUGAUGGACAACGAUCUCAACAGUUUACCGAUACUCCUAACACGAACAAAAAUACUAAAAACAAGUGUACCUCAGAUAAGUGUGUUUGCCAAUUAGUAAAUAAUGCUAAUGCUGCUAAUAUACAGAUUAUAAAUUCAAAGGAUGGUCACAAUCAACUAAAGUACGGUGAUAUCAUUUUAUGUGAGUUUUUAAAAGCAAAGCUAACUAUGGAAAUGUUUAAACGGAAUGAUCAACAGAAUAAAGUGCGUGAAAAUCAGUUUUCGAAUAAAGUUGACAACAAAAAAGUUAGCCAUUUAUCAGUAUGUUCAAAAAAAUUAAACAAUAUUUCAAAUAAUUGUGUUGGAAAUCAAAUCGACGACAAUACAGCUUGCAAUGUAUCAGUUUGUUCAACCAAAUCAAAACAUAUUUCAAAUAAUUGUGCUGGAAAUCAAAUCGACGACAAUACAGCUUGCAAUGUAUCAGUUUGUUCAACCAAAUCAAAACAUAUUUCAAAUAAUUGUGUUGGAAAUAAAAUCGACGACAAAACCGCUUGCAACGUAUCAGUUUGUUCAACUAAAUCAAACCAUAUUUCAAAUAAUUGUGUUGGAAAUCAAAUCAUCGACAAUAAAAUGAGCAAUACAACAGUGUGUUCAAAAAAAUCGAAUCAACUAAAAAAUAAUUGUUUGCAAAAGCAAAAUGAAGAACAAAAAAUGAACCAAGUUAUGUCCCAACUAUGUCCCAAACAAUCCAUCCAUCAUUUUCCCAAAGCCUGUGUUGAAAACGAUAUUAAAUUAAACCAAUCAACUUCAAAGAAAUCAGUUUGUGAAAAAAACCAAAUUUGCGAAUUUCUUGCGUCUCAGCCAAUUCCAGAAUGGAUAAGACGGAGCCAAAAUGUCGUUGCAUCGGAUAAUCCAUGCAAAAAUCCACCAACAAAUUGCCAUUUAAAUUCUAGUAAGUUAUAUAAUAUUGAACGAAUAGUUAAAGACAGUCGUGAUAAAAAUAAUACAGACUGUACAGUUUACGAAAUUACAGAGAAACAAGAUGUUCCAGAAGAAAAUAGAAAAUGCCGUACUUUUAAAGAACACCCUCUAGUACCAUGUAAUAGUCUUAACAUUAAACCUUCGAACGAGAAACAAUAA